UCAAUUCAGUAUAGUCCUUCGAUUCAUUAUAAUAGGAUAAAAAUAUAUAUAUUCAAAUAUGUACAAGUCAAGUGUGUAUAUAAUUCUGUUCUUCAUAGCAGUAGAAUUUUCAUCUGCAUAUUUGAAACUUGAGGAAUUUCGAAAUUAUUCCACAGAUUAGAUAUUAGGUAUAGAUAUUGGACUAUGAAAUACGAAUUCGUUGGAAAUUAUCAUGGGUUGGUACCUACUAUUGAGGAAAACCAAAAAUUAAUGAGAACUAGGAGCAGAGCAGUGGCAAUUUAUAAAGAAAACGUUUCCUUUACAGGAACUUGGAGAGAACCUCUCGAAACUGGCACCGGUGUUACACAAUACUUGUGUCAGAAAAACAGGAAUACCCGAAGCUACAAUACUAAGCAUGAGAGAAGGACAUUUUGAAGAAGAAGACAAAUCAGAGGAAUAUGUCACAUGCAUAUGGCUGGAAUCCCAAAUUAUUAAACCUGAUGGUACUCUAAACAGGGAUCGCAUGAUGGAACUUUGCCCUCCUCAGAUAAAAGAAACAGGUCCGAAAAUAGUACUAGGAUGUUGGGAGAAAGUUGAAGAGGUGACUCCCCUGGAGAAGAGAGUAUACGAACUGCAGAAAUGUUUCUACAAAUCUGAUCCAGAGAAUUAUAUUAUGAUUUGA